UGGUUUUACGGCAAAGUGCCGUGUUUCCGUUUUGUGCCUAAUACAAACAGUUUCGUUGAGCACCCCUAUUCAUUUUGUUAAUUUUAAUAGUAAUAAAACAGUUAGUGCACGAUAACGUCGAUUUUUAAAGUACACACUUUAGUUGUUUAAGAAAGCAUGUCAGUUGUUCCUCCAAAUCGCUCGUCUACCGGCUGGCCGCGCGGAGUUAAUCAGUUCGGAAACAAAUACAUUAGCCCACCGGCUAAACCCUUAACCCUGGAGAGGACCAUCAACCUAUAUCCUUUGACCAACUACACUUUUGGCACAAAAGAGCCACUGUAUGAGAAGGACAGUUCGGUGGCCGCCAGGUUUCAGCGCAUGCGCGAGGAGUUUGAGAAGAUCGGGAUGAGGCGCACGGUGGAGGGAGUGCUGAUUGUACACGAGCACAGACUGCCUCAUGUCCUGCUGCUGCAGCUGGGAACCACCUUUUUCAAACUCCCUGGUGGAGAGUUAAACCCAGGAGAGGAUGAGGUAGAGGGCUUAAAGCGGCUGAUGACGGAGAUCUUGGGUCGUCAGGAUGGUGUGAAGCAGGACUGGGUGAUUGAUGACUGCAUUGGAAACUGGUGGAGACCCAACUUUGAACCACCACAGUACCCCUACAUUCCAGCACACAUCACUAAGCCCAAGGAACAUAAGAAGCUUUUCUUGGUCCAGUUACAAGAGAAAGCAUUGUUUGCUGUGCCAAAAAACUACAAGUUGGUGGCUGCCCCCUUGUUCGAGCUUUACGACAAUGCUCCUGGAUACGGGCCUAUUAUAUCCAGCCUCCCUCAGUUACUCAGCAGGUUAACAUUGAAUUUGGUUACCCAACUGGAGUACCAACACAACUGACCAGACAGUACGCCAGACACCUUCAACAGUAGUGCAGUGAUUGCCUGCCAGUGUUUCUUUUACUUUUCAAAUGUCAGUUUCUUGUACUUGAGGCGCUAAUGUCACAAUUGUGUCAGAAAAUCGAAUGUUUUGGAUUCAUUUUGAUUUAUUUUACUCACAGGAAUGUCUGUCUUUCUGUGUGUCUGGUGAUAUUUAUCUAGGAAAUAUUAAUUUCAUACCAUUAAUGUGGAAGGAAAUACAUUCCACAUGUUUGUUAUGCUCAAGAAUUAAUGUUAAUGUAAAAUUUGUUUGUUUGUUUACAAGUAAACUCUAUAGGAUAAGCUACCCUUUAAUUUGAAGUUCAAGAAGAAUACUCAUUUUAAUCCUACAUAAAUCACAACAGGUUUGGUCUGGUUCUGAACAUUUGUAAAUUUUUUUAUUUUUUAAGUUGGUACGUUCCACAACCAACAUGGCCAAAACAUUUACGCCUCAAGGCAAUGACAAAAAUGCUUUUAGAAAAGCAUAACGCAAAAGUUCAACAUACACAUUAUGGCUGUUGCAGACUGAUACUGCCAUAUGGUUGUAUUUAUUUUUAUGUGCUACAUAAAUAAAUUGUAUAAAACAAAAAUGAAACCAAAAAUGUUUUCAUCCAGUGACUUCAUACCUGGGAUCAAGCACUUUCGUUAGCCUUUUGAACCCUGGUUUUUCCAUUGUUCUAACUGGAAGCAUGUCUUUCGCUAUAAAAUAUGAAAUUGUG